AACUAUGGGAGCCCGCGUGCAGCUCACGCCAACAUGAAUGCCAAUGCGGCUGCGGGGCUCGCCCCCGAGCACAUCCCAACGCCCGGGGCAGCCUUGUCCUGGCAGGCAGCCAUCGAUGCGGCCCGGCAGGCUAAGCUGAUGGGCAGCGCUGGCAAUGCAACCAUCUCCACCAUCAGCUCCACACAGCGGAAGCGGCAGCAAUAUGGGAAACCCAAGAAGCAGGGCAGCACGACUGCCACACGCCCGCCCCGUGCCCUGCUCUGCCUGACUCUGAAGAACCCCAUCAGGAGGGCGUGCAUCAGCAUCGUCGAAUGGAAAUAUCCUUUACCAUUUGAAAUAAUUAUUUUACUGACUAUUUUUGCCAAUUGUGUGGCCUUAGCGAUCUAUAUUCCCUUUCCAGAAGAUGACUCCAAUGCCACCAAUUCCAACCUGGAACGAGUGGAAUAUCUCUUUCUCAUAAUUUUUACUGUGGAAGCAUUUUUAAAAGUAAUAGCCUAUGGACUUCUCUUUCACCCCAACGCUUACCUCCGCAAUGGCUGGAAUUUACUAGAUUUUAUAAUUGUGGUUGUAGGGCUUUUUAGUGCAAUUUUAGAACAAGCCACCAAAGCUGACGGGGCAAAUGCUCUAGGAGGGAAAGGAGCUGGAUUUGAUGUGAAGGCACUGAGGGCAUUCCGCGUGCUGCGCCCCUUGCGGCUGGUGUCUGGAGUCCCAAGUCUCCAAGUCGUUCUGAAUUCCAUUAUCAAGGCCAUGGUCCCCCUGCUGCAUAUUGCCCUGUUAGUGCUAUUUGUCAUCAUCAUCUACGCUAUCAUUGGCCUGGAGCUCUUCAUGGGAAAGAUGCAUAAGACCUGCUACAACCAGGAGGGCAUAGCAGAUGUUCCAGCAGAAGAUGAUCCUUCCCCUUGUGCUCUGGAGACUGGCCAUGGGCGGCAGUGCCAGAAUGGCACUGUGUGCAAGCCUGGCUGGGACGGGCCCAAGCACGGCAUCACCAACUUUGACAAUUUUGCCUUCGCCAUGUUGACAGUGUUCCAGUGCAUCACCAUGGAGGGCUGGACAGAUGUGCUAUACUGGAUGCAGGACGCUAUGGGCUAUGAGUUACCCUGGGUGUAUUUUGUCAGUCUGGUCAUCUUUGGAUCCUUUUUCGUUCUAAAUCUGGUUCUCGGUGUGUUGAGCGGAGAGUUUUCCAAAGAGAGAGAGAAGGCCAAGGCUCGGGGAGACUUCCAGAAGCUGCGAGAGAAGCAGCAGCUGGAAGAGGACCUGAAGGGCUACCUGGACUGGAUCACCCAGGCAGAGGACAUCGACCCUGAGAACGAGGAUGAAGGCAUGGAUGAGGAGAAGCCCCGAAACAUGAGCAUGCCCACAAGUGAGACCGAGUCUGUCAACACCGAAAACGUGGCUGGAGGUGACAUCGAGGGAGAGAACUGCGGGGCCAGGCUGGCCCAUCGGAUUUCCAAAUCAAAGUUCAGCCGCUACUGGCGUCGGUGGAAUCGGUUCUGCAGAAGGAAGUGUCGUGCUGCAGUCAAGUCUAAUGUCUUCUACUGGCUUGUGAUCUUCCUGGUGUUCCUCAACACACUCACCAUCGCCUCAGAACAUUACAACCAGCCCCACUGGCUCACGGAGGUCCAAGACACGGCCAACAAGGCACUACUGGCCCUUUUCACUGCGGAGAUGCUGCUAAAGAUGUACAGCCUGGGCCUGCAGGCCUACUUUGUGUCCCUCUUCAACCGCUUUGACUGCUUCAUCGUGUGUGGGGGCAUUCUGGAGACCAUCCUGGUGGAGACCAAGAUCAUGUCUCCCUUGGGCAUCUCUGUGCUGAGAUGUGUCCGGCUACUGCGGAUAUUUAAAAUCACAAGGUACUGGAACUCCUUAAGCAACCUGGUGGCAUCCUUGCUGAAUUCUGUGCGCUCCAUUGCCUCCCUGCUGCUACUCCUCUUCCUCUUCAUCAUCAUCUUCUCCCUCCUGGGGAUGCAGCUCUUUGGAGGAAAGUUCAACUUUGAUGAGAUGCAGACUCGGAGGAGCACAUUUGAUAACUUUCCUCAGUCCCUCCUCACUGUGUUUCAGAUCCUGACCGGGGAGGACUGGAAUUCGGUGAUGUAUGAUGGGAUCAUGGCUUAUGGCGGCCCCUCUUUUCCAGGGAUGUUAGUCUGUAUUUACUUCAUCAUCCUCUUCAUCUGUGGAAACUAUAUCCUACUGAAUGUGUUCUUGGCCAUUGCUGUGGACAAUCUGGCUGAUGCUGAGAGCCUCACAUCUGCCCAAAAGGAGGAGGAAGAAGAGAAGGAGAGAAAGAAGCUGGCCAGGACUGCCAGCCCAGAGAAGAAGCAAGAGAUAAUGGAAAAGCCAGCUGUGGAGGAAACCAAGGAGGAGAAAAUUGAGCUGAAAUCCAUUACAGCUGAUGGAGAGUCCCCACCCACCACCAAGAUCAACAUGGAUGACCUCCAGCCCAAUGAAAAUGAAGAUAAGAGUCCCUACCCCAACCCAGAAAAUACAGGAGAAGACGAUGAAGAGGAGCCUGAGAUGCCUGUGGGCCCCCGCCCACGACCACUCUCUGAGCUGCACCUUAAGGAAAAGGCAGUGCCCAUGCCAGAAGCCAGUGCAUUUUUCAUCUUCAGCCCCAACAACAGAUUUCGCCUCCAGUGCCACCGCAUUGUCAAUGACACGAUCUUCACCAACCUGAUCCUCUUCUUCAUUCUGCUCAGCAGCAUUUCCCUGGCAGCUGAGGACCCUGUCCAGCACACCUCCUUCAGGAACCAUAUUCUGUUUUAUUUUGACAUUGUUUUCACUACCAUUUUCACCAUUGAAAUUGCUCUGAAGAUGACUGCUUAUGGGGCUUUCCUACACAAGGGCUCUUUCUGCCGGAACUACUUCAACAUCUUGGACCUGCUGGUGGUCAGCGUGUCCCUCAUCUCCUUUGGCAUCCAGUCCAGUGCAAUUAAUGUGGUGAAGAUCUUGCGAGUUCUGCGAGUCCUCAGGCCCCUGAGGGCCAUCAACAGGGCCAAGGGACUAAAGCACGUGGUCCAGUGCGUGUUUGUUGCCAUCCGGACCAUAGGGAAUAUCGUGAUUGUCACCACGCUGCUCCAGUUCAUGUUCGCCUGCAUCGGGGUCCAGCUUUUCAAGGGAAAGCUCUACACCUGUUCAGAUAGUUCCAAGCAGACUGAGGCGGAAUGCAAGGGUAACUACAUCACAUACAAGGAUGGGGAAGUUGACCACCCCAUCAUCCAGCCUCGCAGCUGGGAAAACAGCAAGUUUGACUUUGACAAUGUUCUGGCAGCCAUGAUGGCCCUCUUUACCGUCUCCACCUUUGAGGGGUGGCCAGAGCUGCUGUACCGCUCCAUCGACUCCCACACAGAAGACAAGGGCCCCAUCUACAACUACCGUGUGGAGAUCUCCAUCUUUUUCAUCAUCUACAUCAUCAUCAUUGCCUUCUUCAUGAUGAACAUCUUCGUGGGUUUUGUCAUCGUCACCUUCCAGGAGCAGGGGGAGCAGGAAUACAAGAACUGUGAAUUGGACAAGAACCAGCGACAGUGUGUGGAAUAUGCCCUCAAGGCCCGGCCCCUGCGGAGGUACAUCCCCAAAAACCAGCACCAGUACAAAGUGUGGUACGUGGUCAACUCCACCUACUUUGAAUACCUGAUGUUCGUCCUCAUCCUGCUCAACACCAUCUGCUUGGCAAUGCAGCACUAUGGCCAGAGCUGCCUAUUCAAAAUCGCCAUGAACAUCCUCAACAUGCUCUUCACUGGCCUCUUCACUGUGGAGAUGAUUCUGAAGCUCAUUGCCUUCAAACCCAAGGGUUACUUUAGUGAUCCCUGGAAUGUUUUUGACUUCCUCAUCGUAAUUGGCAGCAUAAUUGACGUCAUUCUCAGUGAAACUAAUCCAGCUGAACAUACCCAAUGCUCUCCCUUUAUGAACGCAGAGGAGAACUCCCGCAUCUCCAUCACCUUCUUCCGCCUCUUCCGGGUCAUGCGCCUGGUCAAGCUGCUAAGCCGUGGGGAGGGCAUCCGGACCCUGCUGUGGACCUUCAUCAAGUCCUUCCAGGCUUUGCCCUAUGUGGCCCUUCUGAUAGUGAUGCUGUUCUUCAUCUACGCAGUGAUUGGGAUGCAGGUGUUUGGGAAAAUUGCCCUGAAUGACACCACAGAGAUCAACCGGAACAACAACUUUCAGACCUUCCCCCAAGCUGUGCUCCUUCUCUUCAGGUGUGCCACAGGGGAGGCAUGGCAAGACAUCAUGCUGGCCUGCAUGCCAGGGAAGAAGUGUGCCCCCGAGUCAGAGCCCAGCAACAGCACGGAAGGGGAAACGCCCUGUGGCAGCAGUUUUGCCGUCUUCUACUUCAUCAGCUUCUACAUGCUCUGUGCCUUCCUGAUCAUCAACCUCUUUGUAGCUGUCAUCAUGGACAACUUUGACUACCUGACAAGAGACUGGUCAAUCCUUGGUCCCCAUCAUCUGGAUGAAUUUAAAAGAAUCUGGGCAGAGUAUGAUCCUGAAGCUAAGGGUCGUAUCAAACACCUAGAUGUGGUGACCCUGCUCCGGCGGAUUCAGCCCCCACUGGGUUUUGGGAAGCUGUGCCCUCACCGCGUGGCUUGCAAACGUCUGGUCUCCAUGAACAUGCCUCUGAACAGUGAUGGGACUGUCAUGUUCAAUGCCACCCUGUUUGCCCUAGUCCGGACAGCCCUGCGGAUCAAAACAGAAGGGAACCUAGAACAAGCCAAUGAGGAGCUGCGGGCCAUAAUCAAGAAGAUCUGGAAGCGUACCAGCAUGAAGCUGCUAGACCAAGUGGUGCCCCCUGCAGGUGAUGAUGAGGUCACCGUUGGCAAGUUUUAUGCUACUUUCCUGAUCCAAGAGUACUUCCGGAAAUUCAAGAAGCGCAAAGAGCAGGGCCUUGUGGGCAAGCCUUCCCAAAGGAACGCCCUGUCCUUGCAGGCUGGCUUGCGCACGCUGCAUGACAUUGGGCCUGAGAUCCGACGGGCCAUCUCUGGAGAUCUGACAGCUGAGGAGGAGCUGGACAAGGCCAUGAAGGAGGCUGUGUCUGCUGCCUCCGAAGAUGACAUCUUCAGGAGGGCCGGUGGCCUGUUCGGCAACCACGUCAGCUACUACCAAAGCGACGGCCGGAGCGCCUUCCCCCAGACCUUCACCACCCAGCGCCCACUGCACAUCAACAAGGCGGGUAACAGCCAAGGCGACACCGAGUCGCCAUCCCACGAGAAACUGGUGGACUCCACCUUCACCCCCAGCAGCUACUCGUCCACUGGCUCCAACGCCAACAUCAACAAUGCCAACAACACUGCCCUGGGCCGCUUCCCCCGUCCCGCUGGCUACCCCAGCGCAGUCAGCACCGUGGAGGGCCAUGGGCCCCCCUUGUCUCCUGCUGUCCGGGUACAGGAGGCAGCAUGGAAGCUCAGCUCCAAGAGGUGCCACUCCCGGGAGAGCCAGAUAGCCAUGGUGUGUCAGGAGGAGGUCUCUCAGGACGAGACCUAUGACGUGAAGAUAAGUGAAGACACUGAGUACUGCAGCGAGCCCAGCCUGAUCUCCACAGAGAUGCUCUCCUAUCAGGAUGAUGAAAAUCGGCAAUUAACACCACCAGAGGAGGACAAGAGAGAUAUCCGGCAAUCUCCAAAGAGGGGCUUCCUCCGCUCUGCCUCACUAGGUCGAAGGGCCUCCUUCCACCUGGAAUGUCUGAAGCGACAGAAGAAUCAAGGGGGAGACAUCUCUCAGAAGACAGUCCUGCCCUUGCAUCUGGUUCAUCAUCAGGCAUUGGCGGUGGCAGGCCUGAGCCCCCUCCUCCAGAGAAGCCAUUCCCCCAGCACAUCCCCCAGGCCCUGUGCCACCCCACCAGCCACUCCAGGCAGCCGAGGCUGGCCCCCACAGCCUAUCCCCACCCUGCGGCUGGAGGGUGCUGAAUCCAACGAGAAACUCAACAGCAGCUUCCCGUCCAUCCACUGCAGCUCCUGGUCUGGGGAGCCCACACCCUGUGGUGGAGGUGGCAGCACCAUCCGGAGAGCCCGGCCAGUGUCCCUCACUGUGCCCGGCCAGGCUGGGGCCCAGGGCAGGCAGUUCCACGGCAGUGCCAGCAGCCUGGUAGAAGCGGUCUUGAUUUCAGAAGGACUGGGGCAGUUUGCUCAAGAUCCCAAGUUUAUUGAGGUCACAACCCAGGAGCUGGCUGACGCCUGUGACAUGACCAUAGAGGAGAUGGAGAACGCCGCAGACAACAUCCUCAGUGGGGGCGCCCAGCAGAGCCCCAAUGGCACCCUACUACCUUUCGUUAACUGCAGGGACCCAGGGCAGGACAGAGCAGAGGGCCAAGAGGGCGAGACCUGCGCGCCCACCCUGGCGUGUCGGAAGAGCGAGGAGGAGCUCCAGGACAGCAGAGCCCACGUCGGCAGCCUGUAG